CAGUAAAAGGGUAAAAUAGUUAAUUUAAUAACUAACAAAUCUCCUUUUACCGACAUUAUAACAAUAGUGAGAGUAGCUAUAUAACAGAAACAAAAGUAAGAGAUCACCUGUUCCUUACUACUAGUACUAUGCUCUUCUCUCUUGUACUUAUGAUCAAGUUAGGUCUUUUUGUUGUCUUACUCGUUUUCUUUCUCUUGAGAGCUGUUCCACCUCUUCAAGGUUUUAUAGAGAAGAAUCACAUAAAGGAAGCAGUGGCGAUCAAAAGGGUGCAACUCUUCAGAGACAGACCAUUCAUGAAACUCGUCAAGUUUCUAGGUAAAGGUUCAUACGGCUCCGUCCAUCUCUAUCGUCACACGAAACAAGAUGGCUCAACCUCCUUCAUCGCCGCGAAGAUCUCCUCCGACCGUCGGACUAUCCAAAGAGAGUUUCGAGUCCUCUCCCAACUCAAAGGAUCUCCACGGAUCGUGCGAGUGUUUAGCCACUCUCUCCAUGAAGGAUUAGACUCUGUCGGAAAAAGAGUUUACGAGAUGCCUAUGGAGUACGCCUCUGCAGGUACUCUUUCCCGUUUCAUCCGCUUUAACAAACGGUUGAAUGAUUCGACCGUCAAACGCUUCACUCGGAUGAUACUUCAAGGUUUGGUCUCGGUUCAUAGUCACGGUUACGUCCACUGCGAUCUUAAACCGGGCAAUCUCCUUCUUUUUCCGGUUUACGAUCAGCAAACGUCUAGUAAUUACACUUACGAACUAAAGAUUGCGGAUUUUGGACUAGCGUUAAAGGAAGGAGAGGAAGAAUCUGAUAACUGGAAGUACCAUCAUCCCUUUGUGGGAACUCCUGUCUACAUGUCUCCCGAGUCUGUCGAAUACGGUACCGUCGAGAAAGCCCUAGAUUUGUGGUCCUUGGGUUGCGUUGUUCUCGAGAUGUACACCGGUAAGCGGCCGUGGUCGGAGGUUAAGAGUCGUUAUGAUCUUGAGGAUGUUUUAGUCGAGGACAAAAAGGUACCUGAGAUUCCAGACACUGUGCCGUGGGAUGCAAGGCAGUUUCUGGACAAGUGUUUUGCGUUGAAACCUGAAGAUAGAGGAACCGCUUCCGAGUUGUUGUUGCAUCCGUUUCUGGUCGGAGAUGAUAAGAAGACUGCUGAUGAGACCAUCAUAAAGCCUCAGGCUAAAUUGGAAGAUAGGGUUAUUACAACGAAGGCAUUGGAUAUUUCAUCGAAGCUCCCACUGUUUAAAAGAGUAUCCAAUAAACACCGAAAGCUGAAGAUUCUUCCUCCAAGACGUCCAAUUUCCACUUUUGUUCCCGUUCAUUAAAGUUUACUGAGG